AUGCGUGAAAUAGUAUUUUUACAAGUUGGUCAAACAGGCAAUAAUUGUGGAUCUAAAUUUUGGGAAAUUAUAUCUGAUGAACAUGGCGUGGAUCCAAAUGGUCGUUUCACUGGUGAAUCAGAUUUACAACUUGAACGAAUCAAUGUUUAUUUUAAUGAAGCAAUGGGUGGACGCUUUGUACCUAGAUGUGUACUAAUCGAUUUAGAUCCACAUACAAUGGAAUCAGUACGUGGAAGUAUGACGGGUCAGUUAUUUCGUCCAGAAAAUUACAUUAUCGGUAGAGCUGGUACAGGUAAUAACUGGGCACGUGGAAGGUAUACAGAUGGUGCUGAGUUAUGCGAUUCUGUAAUGGAUGUCAUACGCAAAGAAACUGAAAGUUGUGAUUUAAUCCAAGGAUUUCAAAUUAUUCAUGCACUUGGUGGUGGUUGUGGUUCAGGGAUGACAUGUUUACUCCUUGAACAGCUGAAAGAAAGUUGGCCAGAUAGAAUUAUCAAUACAUUUUCAAUAUUUCCAUCACCAAAGGUUUCUGAUGUUGUUGUUGAACCGUAUAAUGCAAUAUUUACAAUAGAUGUCCUCUUAGAAUUAAGUGAUGAAACACUUGUAUUAGACAAUGAAGCUUUGCACAGUAUAUGCACAAAUGUAUUAAAUAUCUCCGCAUCAUUUGGUGAUAUCAAUCAUUUAAUGUCAACAUGUGUUGGUGGUAUGACAACUUGUUUCCGUUUUCCUGGACAAUUAAAUUCAGAUUUAAGAAAACUAGCUGUUAACAUGGUACCUUAUCCAAGAUUGCAUUUUUUUGCACCAUGUUUUGUACCAUUAGCAAGUCGUAGUAAUCAACCGUAUAAAGCAAUUACAGUGCCUAAUUUAGUACAACAAAUGUUUGAUUCCAAGCAUUUAAUGGCAUAUUGUGAUCCUAGACAUGGGAAAUUUUUAACUUGUGCCUCUGUAUUUCGUGGACGUUUAAGUAUAGCUGAAGUUGAAGAAAGUAUGCUUAAUAUACAGGAUAAAAAUUCAGCGUAUUUUGUAGAAUGGAUACCAAAUAAUAUACAAAAUGCAUGUUGUGAUAUACCAAUGCGUGGAAUGAAAAUGUGUUCAACAUUCUUAGCGAAUACAACAGCUAUACAAACUGUAUUCAAACGUAUACAGUUGGCAUUUUCAGCUAUGUAUAAACGUAAGGCAUUUAUGCAUUGGUACAGUGGUGAGGGUAUGGAUGAAGCAGAGUUUCAGUCAACUGAAUCCAAUGUAGUCGAUUUAAUCAGUGAAUAUCAACAAUAUCAAGAUGCUACAGUGGAUAUUUAAGCUGAAUGUUAAAUGUUACAAUCCUGCCUGUUGAUAUGAAAACUUCUUUUCACACUUAUUUAAGUUGAUCAUUUGAAGAACUACUGAAGACAAUCUCUUCCUUGAGUAUUAUUUUCAAGCUGUAUGUACUUUGAUACA